UAUCCCAGCCCUCGAACUGGCAUGGCUGGAGCUGAACGGUUUUUUCUUUGGCAAAUAAGGUACAGUCAUAAGUUCAGAGCGUCCCUGGAGAAACCGACAUCGGUUCUUUGACCAACGCUUUUGGAAACGGCUACCAAAGAAAGGCUCGUAGAAGAUGCCUUCAGGCUUUUGAGAGUGGACAGCCAUUGAGGCGACUCAUUGUGGGAAAGGUGUCAUGGUACCGUGUAGCGUUCAUAACGAAGUUUCUUUUUGUUCUUCAGACAUUUCUUCGUCGAAUUCCCUGAUGAAGCUGCUUUGCGUAAGGCCACGGCCGGACAGAAGGUACUGCAGAAGAAUGUGCUACGACUGAGCGUUCCCGGUGGUAUCGAGGGCAACGUGUAUCUAAUCAGGAAUAUACCAUUUGAUGCUUCGGAGUCUGAUUUGCGCAAUGUUUAUCCUGAAGCGUUGAAGAUCAACUUGAACCGGAGACAUGAUGGUGCCUUCGAUGGGUCUGCAGUUGUUGAGUUUCCGUCUGCAGCAUCUGCCCAGACAGCUCUUCAAAAGAGUGUGACACUGAAAGGCCGGCGACUCUUUGGGAUUCCCUACUGU